AUGGCGAAGGUUUUGGGUCGAUGCGACGACCGUUUCCAGCAUGUCAAGGAACUACUCCAACAGUAUCUGACUUCUGGCGAGGAACUUGGAGCCUCUCUUGUUGUCAACAUUGAUGGAGAAAAUGUCGUCGACCUGUGGGGAGGCUACGCAGAUACUUCUCGUACCCGCCUCUGGGAGGAAGACACCAUUACCGCCGUGUGGUCGACAUCGAAAACCGUUACCAGCCUAGCCGCCCUGAUACUUAUCGAUCGAGGCCUCCUGUCACCUUACGAGAAGGUUGCCAAGUACUGGCCGGAGUUCGCCGCGAAUGGCAAGCACAACAUCGAAGUCCGUCACAUACUUUCGCACAGCUCUGGCGUAUCUGGCUGGGAUGCUCGUAUGAGCCUUGAAGAUGUCAUUGAUGUACCCGCGUCAACGGGCCUUCUCGAACAACAAGCGCCCUGGUGGGUACCUGGAACAGCGUCAGGCUAUCAUUCUUUUACGAUGGGCCAUCUCGUCGGGGAGCUCGUACGCCGCGUCACUGGAAAAUCUCUAAAGCAAUUUAUUGCGGAUGAAAUCGCGACUCCAUUCGGUGCGGACUUCCAGCUGGGGGUUGCGGAGAAGGACUGGCCACGCACCGCGGAUGUCGUUCCGCCGCACACGUGGAGAAAGCCACCUCCUGCGGGCGAUGUCGAUUCCGUAUCAGCGAAGACGAUGAGGAACCCCGUUUUUGAUAUUUCAGUCGCAAACACCCCAACCUGGAGGCGGGCGGAGCUCGGUGCGGCGAGUGGGUUCGGGAAUGCUAGAGCCAUUGCUCGCAUGCUUUCUGCUAUCUCCCUUGGUGGAAUUGUUGGCAACCACAAACUCCUGUCCCCGGAUACGAUCGACCGCAUCUUUGAAGAACAGGCCAAGGGAAUCGAUUUGGCAACUGGAGAAUCGCUUCGCUUAGGCAUUGGAUACGGACUGACCGGAGCCGAUACCAUGGUCAACUGGAUACCAGAGGGGCGAGUCUGCUUUUGGGGAGGACUUGGUGGCUCAAUUAUUAUCAUGGAUGUCGACCGCAGGAUGACUAUCUCGUAUGUGAUGAACAAGAUGGAGAACGUGGGAAUUGGGAAUUAUCGUUACGGUCACGCAAGGCCAGAUAUCAAGGCCAGCCCCAUCUUCAACAUGCCAAAGCUAUUUGCUAUAGGAGUUACCGGAUACGUUGGCGGCGACGCCUUUUACACCAUUCACCAGCAUCAUCCUGAAUACGAAUGGACGUUCCUUGUGAGGGACCCCGAAAGGGUCGCAACGCUUCUGAAGCAGUACCCCAAGAUGAGGUUUAUCCAGGGCGAUCUCGAUAGCUACGACUUGAUAGUUGAUGAGGUUGCAAAGGCGGACAUCGUGCUUAACAUCCGCAGCGGUACAUUCGGAACGGAAUCAACCAAGGUAUACAACGAUUGGGAUGGCGUGUCGGAAGUAACAUCUCUGCCCGAGGACGCCGCGCAUCGGACGGUGGACAAGAUCGUCCUCUCAAGCAACGAGGAAUCUUCCCUGAUCCGCACUGCCAUCGUUUGUCCCCCAUGCAUCUACGGCGAAGGACGGGGGCCGGACAAAACGCGAUCGAUCCAGGUGCCAGAGUUGAUAAAGUGCACGUUGGAGCGCAAGAAAGGGUUCCAAAUUGGACACAGCCAAAAUAGGUGGGGCACCGUACACGUUCGAGACUUAAGCUCCAUAUAUCUACGGCUCAUCGAGGAAGCCUCUAAGCCUGGUGGAGGAAAUGCCACCUGGGGACUUGAAGGCUACUAUUUCAUCGAGUCGGGUGAGCACCACUGGGGCGAUAUCGCCAGAGCUAUCGCCAGCGAGGCUUGCAAGCUUGGGCUGAUUCCUUCCCCUGAAAUUGAGCACCUAAGCGUCAACGAAGUGGAGGCGAUACACCCGUUCGGAAGAUACCUUUGGGGCACCAACUCAAGGCACACAGCAAUUAGGGCCAGAAGAGUGCUGGGGUGGGAGCCAGCCGAUUCACUGUCACUUUCAGUGGAACUUCCUCGCAUGGUGGAGGUUGAGGCUCGGAGGAUGAAGCUGAUCUGA